AUGACUGUAGAUACGCCCUCAUUUACCGCUAUUCCGGUCCUUGACUAUGCUCUCGCCACUUCGCCUGCCACAAAACCCCAGUUCCUCGCCAGUCUGCGCCAUGCACUGGUCCACGUGGGCUUCUUCUACCUCAUCAACGCCCCGGUCGCGCCCGGCGUCCGCGACGAGCUGAUGAAACAGACCGCUGCCAUCUUUGAUCUCCCACUCGAGAAAAAGCUGGAGAUUGAGAUGGUCAACAGCAAGCAUUUCCUGGGAUACUCGCGACUAGGGGCUGAAACGACCGCCCGUCAGACUGAUUACCGUGAACAAUUCGAUUUUGCGACCGAGCUCCCUCCCCCGAGCCCAGACGCACCUCUCUACCGCAACAUCCGCGGCCCAAACCAGUGGCCCGACGAAUCCGCCAUCCCGGGCUUCCGCCACGCCGUCGAGGCCUACCUGGCCGAAACCCAUCCACUAGCAGCCGCCUUCCGGGGCCUCAUCUCCGAAGCGCUCGACAUGGCGCCCACGGCACUCGACCGCUUCUUCGAGGACCCCAUCCAGCAGAAACUCAAGCUGAUCAAGUACCCGCCACCCCGCGAUGCGUCCGAGUCGCAGGGCGUGGGCGCGCACAAGGACUCGGAGUUCCUCACUUUCCUGCUGCAAGCCACGCCGCACACGGGGCUGGAGGUGCAGAACAAGGCCGGGGAGUGGAUCGCGGCGCCGCCGCUGCCGGGGUCCCUGGUGGUGAACAUCGGCCGCGCCCUCGAGGCGAUUACGGGGGGCGUGUGCACGGCGACGACGCACCGGGUGAAUCUGGCCAUGGAGAACUUUGUCGAUGCACAGGGGACGCCUCUCGGGCCGCGGUUCUCCAUCCCCGUGUUCCAGGGGAUGAGCCUGGAUCUGUCGGCGGAGAGCGGGGCCCUGGCCCUGGCGAUCCCGGCGCAUAUUCGGGCACUGGUGCGCGACGAGACGGUGCGGUCGGACGCGGAGGCGACCUUCAAUCGGAUUUUCAAAGGGAGGGUGGGCGAGGGCACGCUGAUCCAUCGGGUGAUGAGCCAUCAGGAUGUGGGGCGGCGGUGGUAUCCUGCGUUGCUGGAUUGGGCGCUGGCGGAGUAUGAGAAGUAG